GCCCCGUAGAACGAGGGCGGGUUCAUUUGGUUCCUUCCUUCCCCCUUAUUGGCCCAAUGAUUCCGUGUCGUGAAACGUCGUGGGUUCUCUACAUUGUCUGUGAAAUAGGCGAAUUCAAGGAAAAUGGGCGACGACGGCACGAAAGACCAACAGUACUAAUUUAUCUAAACAGUUUGAUCGAUCUUACGCUUGAAAACGAGUGCAUUAUUUGCCACCUGGACUAGACACAAACCAACUUCUGUCCUGAGAAAGAAGAGAGGGAGGGGGAACCAUUGAAUUAGACCAGCCAAGCUGGCUUGGCCUUGACCAUCAUUCGUGUGGUCGAAUAACUGUCAACAGUACAGGGGCUCGGCUUGCCUGAGGACAUACGCUUGUGACCUGAAACUGGAUUUCAUAGGAGCGAUUCAACAGGUCACCUGACAAAUGAAGCUCAUCUGUGUCAUUGCUGUGGUUGUGAGACUACAGGUGGAAAAAGGCUUGGAAACUGGAAUGUUCCUCUCCUCUUGAAAGACCAGACGGCAUGGCUCAUGGAUUGGAUAAAUGCUGCCCGAAUCCAGUAGCUGAUCCAAUGGCUUUGGGAGAACUCCAGAGCCCAAAAGAGAAUAUGGAGGCUCAGACUAACAGUCAGUUGAAGCAGGAGAGCAACCAUGCUUCUGGAAUAUAUCAGAAGACUUCCCAUACAGACUUAAAGACUGUUGCUGAGACAGCAUUGGAUUCAAAUCCUUUGGGAAUAGACUUUUUAAAAGACGGAGGUUGCACUGCAUUGACUCCCACAAAGUCUCCUCUUUUGGGUGAUACUGUUCCAGAAUUUGAUGUUGAGACAAACCUGCAGGCUCCAAAAGAUGACCUUCCUUCAACUGCAGCCCUUCUGGAUGGAUACUCGGAUGUUAGUAGCUGCUCUGAACCAGACGAUGAAGGGACUUUGAAUUACGAUGAGAUUUUUGAUUCUGAACAAAUUGCAGAAACCCAUGAGACACUGUCAGCAAAGAACAUCAACAAGGUGGAGUGGCCAUCGGAUGAAGAUAAGAGAAUCACAUCAAAGCCAGACAUUUGUGAAAGUGCAACGUUGGGUUGUAAGAUGAAAAAUCAGAAAGUGGUACAAGAAGACAGUUUACAGGAGGAUCAGUACUCAAACAUUAGUAGCCCAGAACCAGACGUUGAAAGGGAGACAUCCGAUCUUAAAGAUGAAGUACAAGAUCUCAAAAAGGAUCUGUGUACUACUGAAAGUGUGUCAGAUCUUGCUCUGGAAACUCAAAAUUCUGGAGAUUGUCCACUCACUGCUGAUGCCCAUGAGAUGAUCAAGGAACCCAACACUAAUCCUGUUGAUCUCCAAAAUGAAGAUGAUGCCGUGGACGGUAAUAUGGACAUACUGACAACUGACAAUGCUCCAAAGCCCACAGAUGAAGUCCUUGAGACUUUGCCAACUGUUCCCACUCCUGGUCCUCAAGAACAUCCCACAUCACAGUCACUACAAACAGAGACACUAGAAUCUGGUCAUGAUUAUGGGAUCAGAAAAGGAAAAGAUGGCUGUCAAUUCACCACUGGUCUUGAGAUGCAGCACAGUAGUUUUGACUUUCUUGAAACUUGCCUGAAAAACUCAGAAGUUGGCCUCAAGUCCAGUUUUAACUCUCUACAGAAUUCAGAGAUUACAGAUUUAUCUGUCUGUGAGGAACCAAACCAAACCCAACCAGAACCACAUAAUCCUAGACAAGGACCUCUUACACAAGAUGAGCAAAAAGCAUUAGAUACUUUUGCUGACUCAUUGGAUCCCUGCAAUAGUAAGUCACAAGGUAGAGAGGCAGAACAAGAUCAAAUAGAAUUUAGUGGAGAUGUAACAAAACAAGAGGACUUCAAACAGCGUGAAUCCAGUUUAAAUGAGAAUGACAGCAGUCACCUUUCUGAAGUUGCACGUCUAAUAGAAUCACAUGACAUGAAGAAGAAGUUGGAUCCUGUUGUGGUUUUAAACUACAAGGAGCAAAAUGACAGCCAGGUUGGGGUUUAUCGUUGUGCACAAUGCAGUGGAACUGCAGAAAGUUUAGAUGAUCUAAUCGAACACCAUCAUCAGCACUCUCAGCUCCGUUUCCAAUUCUGUCACACCUGUGGAUGCUAUCUUACUAAACUUGCAGAACGUCAUAGGUGUGGACAUCAUGAGCUGGAAGGACCUCGAGUCUUUUCAAAAGCAGUGCAACACCAGAGCAGUGAAGACUCUGAAAAGCCCACCAAGGCAACAACGUAUAAAUGCAGUUAUUGUCCCCUCCUGUUUAGUAAAAUGGAAGGGUUGCUCGUACAUGAACUAAAACAUAAAAAGAAGACGCCAUAUAGGUGUCAUGGAUGUGGCUUAUAUUUUACCCAGGGUGGUUCCCUGAAGCGGCACCUACGGUUAAAUAGAUGUGUCAAUUUAAACUCUUCCGAGAGGAAAGCAAUGCCCCACACUAUGAAGAGAGUGAUGAAAACUGCAGUCAAGACUUCAGAUGGCACACUUGGUGAAUGUUAUGUAAAGCUUGUGGAUAUCUACAAGAGAGACCCAGUAUCCCCUUCAAACAUCUGCAACAUAUGCAAUAAAGUCUUCAAGCUUCGUGCACAGUACAAUUCACACAUGAAGACACACUCUAAUGAGAAACCUUUCAAGUGUAAAGACUGCGACAAGGCAUUCAAAUACUCGUGGAACCUGAAUAGACACAGAAGAGAGCAGUGUGAUCGGAAAGAGGAGCUGUCUCAAAAGCCCAUGUCAUAUGAACAAGAACAGGAGAUGAAGGACACUGCACAGGAGACCAAUGCUUCCUCUCUUGGCACAUUGUCCCAUAAAUUCAAGUGUCCACUCUGCCCUCGUGCAUUCAAAUAUUCCUACAAUCUUGUCCGACAUCUGCGUGUACAGUGUCUCAAAGAGUACACAAAAGCAGGUGGGAAGGGAAAGACCAGCAGUGGGUACAAGUGUCCACUCUGUGGUGUUGUUUUUACCAUCGUCUGUAAUCUGGCUAGACAUAUUAGAAAAACCUGCUUACCGCUGUAUAAAACAAACAAAAUCAGUAAGAUGACGCAAGAAAUAAAGAGUGAGGGUUUAGGAAGAAAGUCCAAACCAAAGGUUUCAAUGAUUAAGAAAUUACCACCCAGUGGCACAUACUAUAAAUGCAAGUUAUGUCCUGCUGUUUUUUCUCAUUCCUCUGGAUUAUUCAAACAUUCAAGGAAACAUAGGCUGUCUGCCAAGACUGGAAAGCCAGUCAGGUACAGAACUGCAAAUCCUGAUGAUUUGAAAGUGACUAAUUCAGACCAGAGACCAGAAGAGAAGUUGUCUUGCCGAUUUUGUGGAAAACGCUUUACAGAAUCGCUCUCCUUGAAGAAACACAUGGCUCAGCACAAGGGAGACAAACCCUACAACUGCCAGCAAUGUGGUAAACGUUUCAAAAAGCAUGCCUAUUUGAUUGCCCACGCUCAGAGUCACAAAAGAAAGGUACAGUGUUCAGUCUGCAACAAAAUCUUCCCCACCAUUGCUGAUUUGUUACAGCAUAGAGCGUGUCAUGACAACAAAGGAAUGCUGAAGUGUCCAGACUGCCAAAUGGAGUUCAGAUUUCCUGUUUACCUUUUAAGACACUUGGUGACACAUGAGCGCAGAGACAAGCAGGAGGCAAAUCAAGCCAAGAAGGCCACACUUCAGCCGGUUCAAGAGCCAGCCAAAAAACUCAAGAAGCCCAUAGCCAGCAAAGAAGAUUUUAGGUGUUCUCUAUGCCAAAAGUCUUUUGUGGAUGCAAAAGCAUUGGCAGAUCACUGCUUAAGUCACUUGCCGAAAGCAUCAUCAUCAAAAUGUCAGUUCUGUAAACGCCACUUUAGCAGUCGUGCCGCUCUAGUCCGCCACAUUCGCAUUCAUACAGGGGAGAAACCUUAUCCUUGUAAAAAAUGUGGCCAGUACUUUCAUCGGAUGGAGCCGCUCAAGUCCCAUAUGGAGCAUUGCAAGGGUACGAAGGGGAUCACUGAGGCAAGAGACACACCAGUCACAGUAAAGACUGAAAAAAAAGAGUUGAAACAUGGCUUAUACAAAGCUAAAAAACAAUUUGCGUGUCCACAUUGCCCACACUCUUUUGUAUGGGCAGGUAGUCUGACCAAGCACUUGAAUGGCCACAAGUUAAAACUACUUGUCCCUUGCUCUAAAUGUGGGAGGUGCUAUAGAAAGAGAAUAUUAGACUAUCAUGAAAAGGAAUGCAAUGGAGAGAAAUCCGCCACAGUUAUUUUGUUCCCAUGUAAAAAGUGUGGCAAAUCUUUCAGUCGGAAAGACAACAAAAAUGUGCAUGAGAAAAAAUGUAAAGACGCUUCUCUCACAACAAAUCUUAUUAAAAAGAGCUCUCAAGAGAUUGGGACUGCUCUGAAAGAUAAGCUGGCACAUAAAUGUCCUCACUGUCCAAAGUCUUUCAAAUACAGAAGUUUUUUGCUGAAACAUCUUCCUUCACACUUGGCAGAAAAACCAUAUACAUGUAUGCAUUGUGGGCAUAAAUAUGCGAGCCAACGGCGAUAUCUUCAGCAUGAAGCUUUCUGUGAUGGAAUAUUUAAAAGGAAGUCGAUACCUCUUCAGGAAAUUAUGAAAACUAAGUCCGUGGUCAAUACUUCUCAAGAUGGAGCAGCCACAGUUGCUGCCGAUGGUCAGUACGGAUGCAAAUUCUGUAAUAAGAACUUUUCCAAAGCCAGGAACCUCAGACGUCACAUCCUCACCCACACAGAUGUAAAACCAUACCGCUGUAAGACAUGUGACAGUUGCUUUUCCAGGUAUGAUCAUCUUAAGGUACAUCAAAGUCGAUGCAAAGGGAAGAAGCAAAGGCUUGAAGUCCGUGUCCCCAAGAUAAGCCCCAAGCAUGUGGGGACUGGCUGGCAAAAUUCUUUACGAGUAAAACAAGAGGUUUUCCAGUGCAACACCUGCUCAAAAGAGUUCUCUAGUCAAAUUAAUUUGGCCCGUCAUACGUCCCUGGUGCAUACUACAUCCAAACCAUUCAGUUGUAAACGCUGUGGCUCAUCAUUUUCUUCCUCGUCGUCACUGAAGAAACACACUUUGCUGGUGAAGUGCAAAAGAGCGUCACUGAACAGUGCUGCUAAGACUGUCAAUGCAAAAGUUACAGAACAGCAGUGUAGGGAAACGGCAAAACUCCUACAGAGAAUACAAGGGCAUUAUUCAAAUAAAUUGAAGUAUUUGUGUGCCUACUGCCCCCGACGAUUCAAGAGUCGAGGGCAAGCACAGGUGCACACCCGUCUUCAUACUGGAGAGAAGCCCUUUGGUUGUGAAAACUGUGGAGAGCGAUUUAUCCGACGUGACUAUUUGCAGCGGCACUUGGUCAAAUGCACCUCAAAAAGAGAGGGUACUGAAAAAACCCUCUGUGAACGAUGUGGCCAGUUGUUCCCACAAGAUGUACUUCAAAGCCAUAAAUCAAGCUGUGUUGUUAAUAGCAAAGAAAACAAUAAGGAAUUGCAGACCAAAUCCAGCCCCCCUCUAAAGAUUAAGACCUUUUCUUGUACAAACUGUAGUGAAAAGUUUUUGUUAUUCUCACAACUGCAACAGCAUUUUCUCAGUACACAUAGAGAAGACACGUUACAGAAGCCAUAUCUUGUGUCUGAAGAUGUGUUUAUUAAAAAAGAUUCUCUUGAAGAAUAUGAGACCAGCACGAUAAAGACUGAUGUGGAUAAUCAGAAUGACACAAAACCCUAUACUUGUCCUUACUGCAGUAUGCGAUUUAUUAACAAUAGUGGAUUGGGAAGACAUGUACAAACACAUACAACAGCAUACCCUCUCUCUUGUCACAAGUGCAACAAAGGUUUCUUUACUAAGAAUGUUCAAAAAAGGCAUCUGAGAAAGUGUCGGGGCAAAACAGACUUUAUUCAAAACAGUCUCAGCCCAGCAACUGCCAUGUCUUCAGAAUCAAUAACUAAGGAAAAAAGUGCUGUCCUCGUGUUUGACAAAGGUUCAAAUACUACAGGGACAGGAGUUCUGCAGACCCAAUUCUCAUGCAAAGAUGGUAAUAAGAAACUACUGAGAAAGAUAGACCAGAGUUCAGGUCGCUCAGACAAACAAGCCAACAAGUACCAGUGUUCUGAAUGUGAUCAGAGCUUCACAGAUGGACUAAUGCUCAUCAGUCAUUUGGAGGACCAUGGCCGAGAAGAUCUUCUUAAAGAGAAGCCUUGCUGCAAAAUUUGUGGCAAGAAAUUUGAUAAACAAGGUGCGCUUACGCGACAUAUGAGUUCCCAACAUGGCGCAAAAAGCCCUAGUACUUGUGAAAUCUGCUUAAAACACUUCCGUUUUCCAUCUGACUUGGAAAAUCAUAAGUCAUGCCAUGAUCCCAGUCGACCUUUCUGCUGCUCUGUUUGUGAUUUGAGAUUCUGGACUCAGAAGUCCUUAAAUCUGCAUUUUACAAUGUCCCAUCACAAAGUUGAGAGUUUCACCUGCCAUCCAUGCAACAAAACUUACUUGACCAGGAAGUCAUAUGCUAGGCACAAUAAGGUGAAACAUGCUAAUGGCGUUAGAGCAAAUUCUGAUCAUGACAAAGGAAGUGGCUCCUCAGCAGAUCAAUUCGAUAUUGAAGUUGAUGUUGAUGAAGAGAGUGAUGUAAGUGUCAAGGAUGAAAAUGAGGCCAGCGAAGAUGACUCGGACUCUGCUCCAUAUUUUCCUUGUCAUGUGUGUGGAAAAACUUUCUCAACCUCAGAGAGCCUUGAGGAUCAUCAGCGUUGCCACCUGGGGGAAAAACCACAUGAGUGUGAAGAAUGUGGGAAAUGUUUCUUCCAGCUUGUAAACCUGCAACAACAUCAGCGAAGCCACAAGUCAGAAUUCCAGUGUCAGACAUGUGGAAGAGGCUUUGUCUCUCUCUUUGCGUUAAGGAAACACAAACAUUCACAUGGAAAGAACCGCCCUCAUCGUUGUUCAAAGUGCCAUCUGAGCUUCACAGGACCCUCACAACUUGCUGAACACAUGGCCACUCAUCGUGAUGAGAAUUUUCCCUGUGAUCUCUGUGACCGCACUUUCUCAUGUAAAAUAACCCGAGCAGAACAUCGCAAAACUCACAGUGAGCAGGAGGAAGAGCUCCCCCCAUUGAUUGAGUCAAAUACACCUCCUUUGACAUCACCUUCUUCCGCCUCAUCAUCUUCCUCUGGCAGUGGAGAUCCGACGGGCUUUAAGUAUCGCUGUGGAAUUUGCAAAAUGCGAUUUCGAGAUCCAGAACAACUCUCUGAACAUGGCUGUAAAGCUGCUAAGGAGCGUCCAUAUGUAUGCCCAGAAUGUGACAAGCACUUCUUGCAUGGUUCCCAUCUGAAGAAGCAUCAGCUCAGCCACCAGGUGUCAGGUCCAUACCGUUAUCAGUGCAAUCAAUGCCACAUGAAUUUCACCUAUCGUCAUCACUUCCUGAACCAUAUAAGACGUCAUGGAAAUGAGAAGGAAUCUGGAGAUGCUGAUGAAGAUGGAGAUGCAGUCCUAGCAAAAAACAGUGAUCCUGACAAUAUUUACCAAUGUCCAAUCUGCCCUCAGAGUUAUUCGCAGGCCAUGGAAUUGGCAGAUCAUCUCACUAUACAUUCUUUCACAUGCAAAGUUUGCAAUAUGACUUUUCCAUCAAAAACAGAACUGGCAAGCCAUGAGCAGUGUCACUUGACGGCCACAACCCAGUAUGAGUGCACAGAAUGUGGCGAAAGUUUUCUGGGCAGUGAUGCGUUCAGGCAGCACCAGUGUGCUCAGCGUCAACGUUUGUAUACUGAAAACAGGACGGGCCCAAAGUUGCAAUCCCCCACCUCCCAAAAGCAUUCCUCUAGGUCCUCAAGAACUGUUGAAGAGGAGGAGGAGGUUGAUGUUGGAGAGGACUUUUACAACUGUCCAGACUGCAAAAAGCGAUUCUCCUCUCAAGCAGAUCUUGGGGAGCAUCGGAAGAUGCAUCCAGAAUGCCGUCCCUACAAAUGUCAAGUCUGUGAGAAGGGCUUUGCGAAGAGGCGGUACCUCAACAAGCAUCAGCUUAUACACAAGCGACCCUUUCGCUGUGAUGCUUGUCCACAAUCAUUUGACUCUGAAAGUUCCCUUUUGUCUCACCAAAGAAUUCACGUCGACCGGCCCUUCCAGUGCUCUGUCUGUCACAAGUGCUACACCACAGCUCAGGAGCUGUCGAAACAUGAGAAAAAACAUACUGAACUGCAAGGGACUGGAGGGGCUCACCGCUGUGACAUGUGUUACAAGUCCUUUGGCCAUCUUUCACUCCUGAAGAAGCACCAAGAGACUCAUGUAGGUGAAGUGGUGUAUGAAUGUACAGAAUGUGACAAGGCAUUUGCUUUCUUUCACCUUCUGGAAGAGCACCAACGUACACAUGUACCCGAUUCAUUUUCAACUAGUUCAACUCUUGAAAAUCCAGACAUUGACCAAAUAUAAAAAGAUAUAUUAUCCAGCACUGUAAAAACAAAAUUCAGUUUCUUUUUAACAGAUGUAACUUUACCCCAUGUUGUGGCUAUUGAUGGCAGAUUUUACCCCAGUCGACGAACUUAAGGAGCUGAGAUGUUUAUAUUCAAUGCCUUUCUUGUACAGUACAUAUUCAGUGGUGUUGUGCUACUUUUCAUUACUCGUCAUUCAUUACUUAAUGUAUAUAAAAAUGUGUUGGGUGAAUUUUUGUUCUGGCUUGUCCAGUUGCACAGUGCAAAUUCUGAAGAUGAAUAACUUUUUUUUUUUAUGUAAAAUACAUUUUUAUAUCCCUUAACACAUGUAUUCAUCCUUUGUUCAUAGUCGGACCAUAGUCCAUUUGCUGUAUUAUUCUUCUCUGUUCCAUGUUCAUAACAACACAACGUAUGGGAACUUAACAUUUCAGUGUUAUUUGAGAUGUAUGUACUCGUCAAUAUUUGAGAUUACAUUCAGUUUGUUUAGACUCUUUUAUUCUCUCUUGAGAAUGUUUUGAUAUGCUGCCUUUGGUUCAGAGAUGUUAAAGCUGUUGAGCACUUCAAUAUUUAAUAUGAUCGUGAAAAGAUGGAUUUUAGGAUGGAGAAUUUUCAUGACUACAUUUGUAUUCUGAAUAGGCUACUGUUAGCCUGAUGUUUUUGUUCUUUUGUAUGACAUGAAUAUUGGUUGGAGGCCAGUUGGGAAAUAAAACGAAUAUCAUUCAAAUCA